GGUCGUCGGAGGGCGCCCUGCACCCCGAAGCCGGCUGCCAAGGCCCCCACCAUGGCCCGGGGCGGCAGCCAGAACUGGAGUUCCGGGGAGUCGGACGAGCAGCCGGAGGAGCAGGCGCCGGAGGAGGGCGGAGACAGGAUGGUGAAGGAGACCCAGUACUAUGACAUCCUGGGGGUGAAGCCCAGCGCCUCGCCGGAGGAGAUCAAGAAGGCCUAUCGCAAGCUGGCGCUCAAGUACCACCCGGACAAGAACCCGGAUGAGGGCGAGAAGUUUAAACUCAUAUCCCAGGCAUAUGAAGUGCUUUCAGAUCCAAAGAAAAGAGACAUUUAUGACCAGGGUGGAGAACAGGCGAUUAAAGAAGGAGGCUCGGGUAGCCCCAGCUUCUCCUCCCCCAUGGACAUCUUCGACAUGUUCUUUGGUGGUGGAGGACGGAUGGCUAGAGAGAGAAGAGGCAAGAAUGUUGUACAUCAAUUGUCUGUAACUCUUGAAGACUUAUAUAAUGGAGUCACCAAGAAAUUAGCCCUCCAGAAAAAUGUAAUUUGUGAGAAAUGUGAAGGCAUUGGCGGGAAGAAGGGGUCGGUGGAGAAGUGCCCCUUGUGCAAGGGGCGGGGCAUGCAGGUUCACAUCCAGCAGAUCGGGCCGGGCAUGGUGCAGCAGAUCCAGACGGUGUGCAUCGAGUGCAAGGGCCAGGGCGAGCGCAUCAACCCCAAGGACCGCUGUGAAAGCUGCAGCGGAGCCAAGGUCAUCCGCGACAAGAAGAUCAUCGAGGUCCACGUGGAGAAAGGUAUGAAAGAUGGGCAAAAGAUACUCUUUCACGGAGAAGGAGAUCAGGAGCCCGAGCUGGAGCCUGGCGAUGUCGUAAUUGUGCUUGAUCAGAAGGAUCAUAGUGUCUUUCAGAGACGAGGCCAUGACUUGAUCAUGAAAAUGAAAAUUCAGCUUUCUGAAGCUCUUUGUGGCUUCAAGAAGACGAUAAAAACACUGGAUGAUCGAGUCCUUGUUAUUACAUCCAAAUCAGGCGAGGUGAUAAAGCAUGGAGACCUGAAAUGUGUGCGUAAUGAAGGGAUGCCCAUCUACAAAGCCCCCCUGGAAAAGGGGACUCUGAUUAUACAGUUUUUAGUAGUCUUCCCCGAAAAACACUCUUCCUCAGAGAAGCUUCCUCAGCUGGAAGCUCUGCUCCCUCCUCGGCAGAAGGUGAGGAUCACGGAUGACAUGGAUCAGGUGGAGCUGAAGGAGUUUAAUCCCAGUGAGCAGAACUGGCGCCAGCACAGGGAGGCCUAUGAGGAAGAUGAUGACGGGCCCCGUGCCGGAGUGCAGUGCCAGACAGCAUGACAGGACACCAUGCAGUGCUGCCCAGCUGGACUAGACAUGAUGAAUGUAAAGUUGGCACAAUGAAAAUGGCGUCGCUUUAAUGGCCUCCUGUGUAUGUGUUCAGCAUUCUCCACUGCUGAGUGUCUUUGGGUUUUCUUUUGUUUCUCUUUUGGUUGUAAUUUUAAGUCACAGUUUGAUUUAUAUUUAAAUGUUUUAAGUGUAAAUCACCUCUAGUCUGCAUAUGGAAUCUGUUUGUUGACACUUUCAGGACAUGCUUUGGAGAUGCCAGUGACUGUUUGCUUCUAGUGGCUUUGACAUAGUUCAGUUCCACAGUAAAGCACAGCCCAGAGAGCAGUGCUCGGCCCCCACAAGCCUGAGGCACAAAGUGGCUGUCCUGGCCCAUCUCUAGUCUUGGUUUCUGACCCCUGUUCCUGGGCAGAGUCACUGAGGGCAUGAUCUCAGGGCUGCUAAUACGACAUCUUGGAAUCUCAAUUCCAGAUGAAACUCUUCAAGAAUAAAAGCACACGUGCAGAUCAGACUUGGCUCCAUGUGCAGGUUCACACUGAGUGCGGGGCCAGCCUAGUUCCUACUGUUCUGCCCCUCGAAUGGUCGGAAUAGGGUGUGUCUGAUCAUCUCUCUUGGAAGUUUUCUGAACUUUCCAAGCCCUGUGAUGAGGACAGACCAGUGUUUAAAAUAUGCAGGUAAAACCGUUUGCCUGUGACCCCCAUACUGUGUUCUUUGUGGUUUUGAUGAUUUUCUGUUGACAAACUUUACAAUGUUCUCCCACCAAAGUGCUUACUUGAAAACAAAACCCUUCCAUGUCCCUGGCUGCCUCAGUGUAGCAGAAGCCAAGGGAGAAUGCUGGCACUGUGUGGUCCCCUGGCACAGCCAGUUUCUCUGACUGGUCACCCCUGAUGGCUUGAAGGUCAAAUGGCACAGACCUUCUCAGUGUUUCCCCCUUGUUCUCCCAGGUUCAGCUCCUUUCCAAAGGAUUGUGCCUCUUGUCACACAGCCAUAUCACAGAGGGCUUCCUGCUCAAGUGACAUUUGGUAAGAACAGGGCUAGCCAAGCUCUGCCUGGUUAGUUGUCAUGGACUGCCACCAUCAAUGACAGCCUCCUUGGAGGCUUCUGGUUUAGUUGUUACUUUAUUUCUGUCAGGUAAAACUGCACUUUGAAUAGGGUUACCUAACCGUUAGCCAUUAUUGCUUUUUUCCACAGAUGAUGAAAAACUGCUACCUUCAAGGCUGAUGGGUUAACCUGACAUAUCCAUCCUUAUUUGAUUAUAUGGCACUGAGAGUUUGACUUAGACCAGGGACCUCCUCGAGGAGGGUCAAAAGGCAGAUCAGACCCAUAGCAGACGAGGCAGACCAGUUGGACAGACCAAGUUCCCAAAGAACAUGGCCGAUUAAUGGGGUGUAAUUUGCUCUUAAGUUCAUAUGGAAAGAGCUCACUUAUGCCCGCUUUGCCCAUUAGUCAGGAGAGACAAACCGCCUCUUCCAACUAAGCCUAUGUGAAAACCAGUUUAUCAGUGGACCACAACUCCAGGGUGUUGUUUCUGUGCUGUAACUUCCUAAUAAAUUACUGCUAGAACUGUAGGUGGUGAUGGAGCAAAAUUGUGUUCCGCUCCUUCUUGCUAUGUAAGUGGAAGCUGGAAGGUGCUGCUUAAGAUUUUACUCCACCUGUGCAUGUCACUUUAAAAUUAAAACUGAGCUGGUAUGAGAUGACUGGCUUGCCUCUUUCUUUCUUGAGCACCUGAACAAUAUUGAGUGCCAGCUGGCCU